CCCAACACUCGGAACGUUGAGGAGUCUAUUGCGGGUGCGGGAAUCGUCCAGGAGUUUGAAAAGUGAGGAAGGAGGUUGGAGGCGGUGAUGACUUUUCUCCGUUUCUAGCGACCAAGAGCUGAAAUCAGAGUAACAGGACCAACAUGGAGUCCCUUUCAGCACAGUUUGAUGACCUGAUGCGCCAGAUGCAGGUUCUGGCAGAUCCAGCAGAGUACAAAUUCCUCGAAUUUUUAGACCAUGAAGAGAAAAAUCGGGUUCAGUUAAGAGAACUUGAAGCAGAAGUGAGUCGUCUUAAUGAGCAAGCAGCAAGAUACCAAAAGGAAAUUAAAAGCCUGGAGAUGAAAUUAAAAAAUGCAAAGCACAUGCUAGAUGUAGAAAAGGCCAAGAGAAUCACAACAGAAAAAGAGAAAAAUGAUUUGGCAGGACAGAUUGGUCUGGUCAUGGAGUUGUUGGGAAGAGGUCAGGUCAAUGAAACAAGAGAAAGACUGCAACAGUUACAGCACUCGUUUACCUUUAGUGGAACAGCAACAAAUCAGCGGCGAAGUACAAGAGACUUGUCACCAGGACCUCUUUCUACUAUCACAGAAGACAAUGACACAAUGGGUUCCAUCCUCAGUGUAUCAGACAUUGAUAUUACUGAGGAUGAUUUAGAAGAAUCACGUCUCCGAUCAGGACGAUCAUUCAAACGCAGAUCUUCACCAGAACGGCAGGAUUCUUCUAAGGGAAAAAGGCGCUCAGGCAGGAGAAGUGAGGACAUGCAGACCCAUGAGGUGAAGACUCAAGUCACAUACUAUACACAAGGUGAUGAAAUUAAGAAAAUCCAUACAGAGACGAAAGUCAAGCCAUCAGCACCUCCACUUUCCACAGAUGAAGAGACUGAGGUUAGUCACCUUAAGAAACCUACCCAUGGCCAUACUCUCAAUACACCCUCAACUCCACAUAUUCCUCAGACUGCAUACUCACCACACUUUCCAAACCCAAUAACACCUCAGAAACAGGGCACAGGUCAGAUGUACUACACUCCUACACACAAUCUUGUCACACCAGUAUUGCGCACCCAUUCCUCAGUUACAAAGAUAAACCAAAGACCUCAUGCCUUCUACACCAAGACUAUAUACAAGACUGAACAUUGUCAGCCAUGUGGCAAAAGAAUUAAGUUUGGUAAGAUUGCCCUUAAGUGUCGAGACUGUCGCGCUACCUGUCAUCCUGAGUGUCGUGAAUCUGUGCCGCUUCCUUGUGUUCCUACAGCUAACACUCCAACUACAAAGGGGCAAUUGGGAACCAUUGCUGACUACACAUCUCGUAUGCCCCCAAUGGUUCCAGCCUUGGUGGUCCAUUGCACCAAUGAGGUAGAAAACCGUGGUUUGAGUGAAGUUGGAAUUUAUCGAGUACCAGGAGCAGAAAAGGAUGUGAAGGAACUAAAGGAUCAGUUUCUGCGAGGUAAAGGCAUGCCUAACCUGUCCCAGCUUGAUAUCCAUGUUGUUUGUGGUGCACUUAAGGACUUCAUGCGGUCACUCAAGGAACCACUUGUCACCCACCUCCUCUGGCGAGACUUUACAAGUGCUGCAGAAAAGUCGGAGGCCCAAGAUUACCUUGCGGCUCUCUACCAGGCAAUCUCAGAAUUACCACAGCCCAACAGGGAUACUUUGGCUUGGAUCAUGACUCAUCUUCAAAGAGUAGCUGAAUGUCCUGAAUGCAAAAUGCCGGCUAGCAACCUAGCCAAGGUGUUUGGGCCAACACUUGUAGGAUACUCAGUACCAGAACCUGAUCCAGCCACUAUGCUGACUGAAACUCGACAACAGCAAAUGGUCAUGGAAAAGCUGCUUGAAAUCUCCACAGACUACUGGAACACUUUCAUUAACGUUACUGAUGAGAAUGUGCACCAGGGAGUUCAGCAGGUUCCUACUCUAGAAGGUGGCACUCUCCUUGGAGGUUUCCCAUCCUCCAACACGCGUCGACGCUCUAUACUUACUCGCACUCCACUAACCCCCAGGGAAACUCCAAAGAACCGCUAUGUCUUCCGGAAGUGAGGUUGCUGAAAUCUUUUUUUGUUUGAUACAAAUCAAGAUGGACAUAAUAUUAUUUUAUAAAAUGUAUUACUAGGGCAAUAUGUGCCAAAAGAAAUUGUAUACUUUAACCAUGCUUCUAGUUUAGUUAGCCUUUUGUGUAUAUAUGUUUCAUUUAUUUCAUAUUUGUAUACGUGUUUGUGCGUGUGCGUGCGAGUUUACAUUGUUUUGUGUGAGCAUGUACUUAUGUAACUGUACAGAACGAAAGAUGAUUAGAUGCUGAUAUAGUAGUGUGAAGUGGAGAUAUUGAAAUUGUGGUACCAGGACAUCAGCCAUUCCUUUGAAUCAGAAUUGAGCCUAUUAAGAUGAUUAUGUUAUACAAGUUUAUACCACUGUAGGAGAAGUUUAUCAACUGAUAUUCUAGUUUUAAGGUUCUUCUAAUUAAGUAUUUUUGUAAUAACUUUACAUUUUGAAAUAUUGUCACAGUUGUACAGAUUUUGAUAAUAACCUGACUUAACCUUGUUACAUCUGGUAUGAAUGCAAUAUCUAGUUUUUAGUUAUUGCUGUGUUAGUCAUGAAACAAAAUACAUUAAAUAUAUACUACAUUAAUGCAUGUAAAUAAUGGGUCAGGUCAUAACCAGACAAAUUCUCUUAAACAGAAAUGCUUUACUGUGAAGUUGAUUAGAAUCAUUUGUGUUAUUUUAUUUUAUUUAUUUAUUAUUAUUA